CUGUCCUGUAAGGAAGAAUAAAAAAAAAACAAAAACAACGUCAACGCCAAGUUUUGGCGCGUUUUUUACACAAAGUGCAAUUGAAUAAUAAUUUAAUGUGAUCAUGCUAAUAUAGCGAAAAGAAUCUCUUGGAAUCGAAAUUAGAGAGAUGCCUGUGAAGAAUCACAAUGAGGGUAGCAAACAAAAUAAAACUUCGCCUCCGGGCUCUUUUAAUAAGGCAGGCACAAGGAGAUCGGCACGGAACGAAAAUCAGUUAAAAAUUACAAAUAUGUUUGCAAUUAAGAGGAGAAAUAGUUCUGAGGACGAUCAGAAUGAAACUAGUAAUAAAAAGCCAAAGCUUGAAAAUAAAGAUGAAAAUUCAAUCAUAUCUUUAAACAAUGACUGCAUAGAAAUAAAAGAUAGCAAUGAUAAUGUAGAACUUAUUGAUCAUAAGGAAAAUGGCGAGAAAACUAAAAACAUGCAAGAUGAUGAAAUCCCAAAAGAAACUGAAAAAAUUGGUGUAUUGGUAAAUGUGGAGAAUGGGAAUGUCAAUGAUGAUACAAAAAAUGAUGCACAAAUUAUUUCAGAAUUACAGCAAAAUAAACAAAAAAAUCCAGACACUGAGCAAUGUGAAAUUUGUGGUCAAUUUUUGAAUAAUUCUGACCUUGUUUAUUAUCAAGGACAUCCACAAGACGCUGUGGAGGAAUACAUAGCGUUAACUAAUGACAAACUGGUUUUAGCAUCUGGUGAUGAAGGAGACAUUAUGGAGCGACCUCAAACUAACAUAACUGGUUUUGCCAUAUUUGAUGAACAAGGGCAUCUGUGUCCUAUAGAUGGUGGACUUGUUGAGAAUGAUAUACGUAUUUAUAUGUCAGGGUAUUUGAAAUCAAUUUGCUCUGAUUCGUCAGAUAUCGAUGAAGAAUCCAUACCUGUCAAGGAUGUAGGCCCGAUAAUUGAGUGGUUUAUCCAUGGGUUUGAUGGUGGAGAUAGAAAUUGUAUCACCUUGUCUACCGAAUUUGGAGAAUACAAUCUGCUAAAACCCAGUGAAGCAUACACACCUCUCAUGAACAAUUUGUAUGAAAAAAUAUGGUUGAGUAAAGUAGUUGUUGAAUAUUUGGAAGAAUUUCAUUAUCUUCAACCAACAUAUGAAGAUUUGCUGGAAGUUGUCCGUAGUUCUUACAUACCAGAUCUGAAUGAUAAAAAAAUGACAGAAGAGAUGCUUCACAAACAUGCACAAUUUGUUUGUGAUCAAGUGGUUAGCUUAGAAGCAGAUGAAGAUGAUGAACCUCUCAUUACUUUACCAUGUAUGAGGGAACUAAUCAAAUUAAUGGGUAUCAAAUUCGGUAAGCGUAGAAUACGCACUAAAAUAGACUACAAAAAGGUAGAUAAGAAGGCAUGGACUAAAGCUACAACCACACCUUUAGUGAGAAAAACAUUUGAAAGCUUCUUCACAGAUCAACUAGACAAGACAAAUCAUGAGCUUGUACUGAGACGAAAAAGGUGUGGUGUUUGUGAAGCAUGUCAAUUGCCCGAUUGUGGAGAGUGCAAUGCCUGUCGUGCUAUGGCUAAAUUCGGAGGACAUGGGCGCACUAAAAAGGCUUGUGUCCGAAGAUUGUGUCCAAACAUGGCAGUUGAGCAGGCUGAAGAUUCUGAACCUGAUGAUGAAGAAGAAUACCAGCAAAUGGCGGAUAAGAAGCAACAAGACAGAAUUGAUGAUACUGUACCAGUUAAAUUGACAGGGUCAUGUAGUAAAAAGAUUAACUGGGUUGGUGACCCAGUCAAGGCAGAUUCUACAAAGAUUUAUUAUGAGAGGGUUGAAAUUGAUGGUGCCGAAUUAUGUAAUGGUGAUUUUGUCAUGAUUGAAACCUCUCAAUUGAAUAUACCAGCUUUAGUUGCCAGAGUCGUGUACAUGUGGAAAGAAACUAUCAAUCCCAAAUCUGGUUAUUUUCAUGGGGAAGUAUUUAUUAGGGCCUCAGAUACUGUUUUAGGUGAAGUAGGAGAUGCGAGGGAAAUAUUCUUAGGUGAUAGGUGCUGCCAUGGUGCACCCCUGUCUUCAAUUCUAAGAAAAGCUUGUGUUGAGAAAAUGGAAAUACAAAAUGACUGGUUUAGACUUGGUGGUAAAGAAGUAGAUGAGAAAAACGUAGAAGAUGAUGGUAAGACUUACUUCUAUAGCAAGUAUUACGAGAGGUUUACUGCACGGUUUGAAGAUCUACCAGAAAAUCCAACUUGUCCUAAUCAAUUAAGGAAACAUCGAUUUUGUCCAUCAUGUGAGCGUAAAACAAGAAGAGAUGCCAAAAAUAUUCCGAAGGUUUCAGGCAAGUUGGUUGACAAGUCAGACAUUGUAACAGAAGAAAAUAGAACAGAAUGGACAUUAGUCAGGUGGCAAGAUAAUGAUUAUAAGAAAGGUUGCGGCGUAUUUUUAAAACCGGGGACAUUUAAACUAAAAAACAACUACUUGAAUGUCCACUAUAGCCAGAAACAGAAAUUAGAAAAGGUGGAUGAAGAUAUUUAUACCGAAUAUUACAGAAAAAGUGAUAAUAAUUUGCGCGGUUCCAAUAUUGACACAGGAGAACCGUUUUGUGUAGGUUUUAUCGCUGCCGUUACGGCUAUUGGCGAUGGGCCCCUUAUUGUUCCCCAAGAUAUCUAUUUGAAAGUAAACAUAUUGUAUAGACCUGAAAAUACAACUAGUAAAUUCCCUCAUCAUGAAGACAUUAAUCUGGUUUAUUGGAGUAAUGAAAUAAAAGAAGUGCCCUUCUCUGCAGUAGUAGGUCCUUGUAAUUUAAUUUACGAAAAGAAUGUCCCCAGUCAUGAAUCACUUCAAGGGUGGCUGGAUAGGGACCCAAGCAGAUUUUACUUCAGAAUGGCAUUUGAUAAAACUUGUGGUGAAUUUGUGGAUGUACCCAACUACGCUACGACUGUUGGCCGUACUGACAAAGGCAAAGAUAAGGGUAAAGGAAAAGGCAAGUCCAGUAAGGCUACCGAAACCAAUAACCAACCAAAUAAAGUCGAAGAAGUAAAAGUGAGACCAUUGAGAACUUUAGAUGUAUUCGCUGGUUGUGGAGGCUUAUCUGACGGUCUUCAUCAAGCAGGUGUUGCAGAGUGUCGAUGGGCAGUGGAGAAUCUUGAAGCUGCCGCUCACGCGUAUUCAUUGAAUAACAAAAACUGUAUAGUCUUUAAUGAAGAUUGUAACGCUCUAUUGAGAGAUGCGCUAGCCGGAGCCAGUCAUAGUAGUGGAGGAUUGCGCCUGCCGCAACAAGAAGUGGAACUAUUGUGCGGUGGUCCGCCAUGCCAAGGGUUCUCCGGUAUGAACAGAUUUAACUCGAGGGAGUAUUCAAAUUUCAAAAAUUCCUUGGUUGCCUCGUAUUUGUCCUAUUGUGAUUACUAUAGGCCAAAAUAUUUUAUCUUCGAAAAUGUCCGAAACUUUGUAGCAUUCAAGAAGGGCAUGGUUUUGAAAUUAACUCUACGUGCCCUGCUGGAUAUGGGCUAUCAAUGCACGUUUGGUAUUUUGCAAGCUGGUAAUUAUGGAGUACCACAGACGAGACGUAGGUUGAUCAUUUUGGCGGCUGCACCUGGCUACAAGUUGCCUUUGUACCCUGAACCUACACAUGUUUUCAGUAGACGAGCAUGUUCCCUAACUACUACUAUAGACGGCAAAAGAUUUGUAACAAAUAUACAUUGGGACGAAUCGGCUCCGAGAAGGACUUGCACCAUUCAAGACGCGAUGAGCGAUCUGCCCCAAAUAUGUAACGGCGCUAAUAAAAUUGAGAUCGAUUACGGUUCGAUGCCAGAAACACACUUCCAACGACGCGUCAGAAGCAGAGACGAGAAUACGAAAUUACGAGAUCAUAUUUGUAAGAAUAUGGCACCGCUCAUUCAAGCCAGAAUUAGUCGAAUCCCCACCACGCCUGGUUCAGACUGGCGGGAUUUGCCGAAUAUAUCUGUCGCAUUGUCCGACGGAACCAAGUGCAAGGUGUUGCAAUACCGGUACGACGACAAGAGGAACGGUCGCUCUCCUAGCGGUGCGCUGCGUGGCGUGUGCGCAUGCGCAGCGGGCAAGCCGUGCUCGGCGCAGGACAAGCAGGAGAAUACUCUCAUACCAUGGUGUCUGCCGCACACCGGCAACCGACAUAAUAACUGGGCUGGUCUUUACGGUCGCGUGUCUUGGGACGGAUACUUCAGCACGACGGUGACGGACCCUGAGCCGAUGGGCAAGCAGGGCCGUGUCCUACACCCUGAGCAAAACCGCGUGGUGUCGGUGCGAGAGUGCGCGCGCUCGCAGGGCUUCCGCGACACGUACGUGUUCGCCGGCUCCGUCCUCGACAAACAUCGACAGGUUGGGAAUGCAGUACCGCCGCCUCUCGGAGCAGCGUUAGGUAGAGAAAUAAAGAAAGCGUUGACAGCGAGUCCUUCUUCAUAACCGAGUAUUGAAGUGUUUACGCUCAUUUCACUAAUCUCAAAUACCUAAAAUAUGAUAUAGGGCUUUAAGGUGCAGUCUUUCUUAACAUAACAAUGCAGUUUACCAACAGUUGUUAUUAAAGUUAAGAUUCCAAUUUCGUAUUACGUAAUGUUGUAAAAAACAAAAUUAAACAAAAUACAAAAGAAAAGCAAGUUAAAAAUAAUUAUAUCUAUUUGUUAACUGAAAGCUGUUACUUGUUACACUAAAGUUUUUUUUACACUAACGACCGGUUUAUAUAAAUAAACCCAAUAUCUUUUUCGAUCGAUCGCGAGAAUGGACCAAUCAGAAUAAACUUUUUGUGACAUCCUUCCAAUGACAUUCGAUUGGUUUAUUUUCGGGAUCGGAUGCAGAUUAAGAUUGAGAUCGUAUAUUAUGUAAUGUUGAAAUGCUAUGGUUGAUGGUAACAAAACUACAGCCUUAGGGUUUAGAAGAUUAAACAUUUGACAUCUCGACUAUUGUUACUUUACAAUAUAGGUUACAUUUACGAUAAUUUACAUAUAGAUUAUAGAUAAUAGAGUGAUAAAACUAUGUAAUCGUUAUUAAGUAUAAACAGUGCUUUUAUAUUGUUUUAUAUAGCAUCAUUAAAUAUAUAAAUAGUUGUUUUAUUUUAUAUUCAUAAGGACGUAAUGUGCGUGUGAUAAAAGUGGUCUUCAAAAAUAAAAUAUUUAUAAACAAAA